CCUAUACGACGAAUCGCCAGCAUUCUCGCGGUUCGUAACCGUCAUUUCAAAUCGAAUAUAACCGAUCCGGCGACAAGUCGUGUCAAGAGUCCUGGAAGCGAGCAGUGUUCUGUUCGAUGCGAUAAAGCGCGGGUCGCAUCUCCUUCCUCGCUCAAGCGGGGUACGUGACGUAGAAGACCAUCAACGGUAAGAAAAAAAAAAAACGUUGAUCGGUGCCAACGGCCAUUGCUUCUUAUCGUGCGCGUUCCCCUUGGUAACAAACUCGCAGAGCGAAUUUGGAUUUGUUGAUUAAAGAAUAUACACGCACGAUAAGGCGAUAUGUCUUUCUCCAAGGCGAGGAUACAACGGUUCAACGAACUUGGAAGCGAAGCACCUCCGCCAGGCGCUUACGAUCCGAAAUUCGACAAUAAAGUAAAAGGAUUUGUUAUCGAGAAAUCUGAUAGAUUUUUAGAUGCUAAAAGCACAAGUAGCGCGGAAUGCAAUGCUUCGAUUGCAUCAGGAAAGAGUAAUACAACUACAUCGACUUCUCUUUUUCGAGCGCCUCAAUUGCCGCGGAAACGAUUGAUCACGAAACCAACGGAGCCUUCUAAAACAAAAAAUGAACACACAUUUUUGAACAGAAAUCAAAACAUGAAAUAUGAAUCCAACCAACAACUUGCGGAUCUUCAAGUAGAAUGUUUGAAUAAGGACAAGACUAUACAGGAACAUGAGAGGCACAUAGAGGAAAUGAAGGAAGAUGUGCGGAAAUUAGAAGCCGAGAUAGAGAAACUGCACAAGAAACAAAAUGAAAUGGAAAUGCAGCAUACGGAAGAUAUAGAAGCAAUGGCUAAAUUGCAACAAGAAAUAAUAAACAAUCAUGAUGAUAAGCAUCAAGCAGAAGCGCAACUGCUUCGCUCUCAAUUAUUAGAAGUAUCCGAAGAAAAAGAACAAGAGAUCUCAAUGCGAAAGACAAUGGAAAUAGAACUUAGAAAUCAUGCAACCGAAUUAUCAAGAAGAAUAAUAAUAUUAGAAGCUGAAUUGUGUGCCAAGAAAGAAGAGAAAAAAACAAUGAUUGAAAAUCUUGAAAUGCGUAUUGAAGAAUUAUUAAACACGUUAAAAGCAAUAAAACACGAUCAUGAUACCAAAAUUGGAUUAUUACAAAAAGAAAAGAGUCAGCUCGAUGUUUGUGUUACGAAUUUGACUCAAGAACGAUCUAAUCUUGAAUCUAAAUUGGAAAUAAAACAGAAUGUUAUUUUGGAACUUCAAGCUCAGUUAUCUGCUCUACAGUGUGAAUUAGAUGAACUUAAAGCGGAAUACGAGAAACUUGCUGACGAUUCCAUUAAACGAAUUUCCGAUCUUACUGACAAACACGAGAAAGAAAUUCAACAUUUGAAAAAUGACUUUAUGAAAGAAAAGGAAAAAUUAUUAACAGAAAGUAAAAUUUAUAAGACAUGUGAAUCAGAAGCAAAAGUGAAAGCAAAUGAAAUAGAAGAAACAAAUUCUUUUCUUGUAGAAGAAUUAGAGGAUCUUCAAAGACUUUAUAAAGAUGCCUGCCAUCGAUUGCAACAGGCUCAAACCGAAUUGGACCUCUCGAAUGAAAAACAUAUUAUUACAAUAGAAAAGUAUAAACAGAAUUUGACUGAUAUGAGAAAUACACAUAUAGAGGAUAAGUUGCAACUAGAGCAAUUGUUGGAGAAUACCAAAAAAGAACAUUUGACAGAACUAGAAAAUAUUACACUAAUGAGAGAUAAAGAAUUAGAUGAAUUAAAACAAGCUACCACUAGAAAAAUCGAAGAGGAAACUAAACGAAUAAUGAAACAUGCUGAAGAAAUAAUAAAAAAUGCAGAGUCUGAUAAAAGAAACGCGUUAGCAGCAUGUCGUGCCGAAAAUAAGGAACAAAUUAAAAAAGUGAUUGUUGAAUGCGACGCGAAAAUCAAUGCCAUGAUGAAAGAGACACAAAACACUGUGGAAGAUGAAAUGCGACUUACCAAUGAAAGAUACAAAGCAUGUUUGGUUCGUAUGGAAUUGGAGCAUGUUGUAUUAGAUGAGAAACUUUCGCAGAAAGAUACUGAAAUCGCCAAACUCUCUGCAACACUUGAGGACCUUAGACAGUCCAUAGAAACUCAGGAAAGUUUUAGUCAAAGUUUGCAAAUUGAGUUGGAUAAAGCGGAAACCGAAUUGGCGGAGAAAAAAGAAGAAUUGAGAGCUUUAAAGGAUCGCAUCAGAACAGAAGGGGCUGAAAUGGUUGCUAGAAAAAAAAAGUUUGAAUUAAUAACGGCCGAUAAUAAAGCAUCUCUUAUCGCGCUUACUAAUCGUUUGGCGCAGAGUAAUGCUGAAGUGGAAAAACUACAAGAUGAUCUGAAACAUAGUGAAGUUUGCAUACGCAAACACAGAGAUCUGCUUAGUGCAAUGCGCAAUAGCUCACAAUUGGUGGAUGAGCAAAUUCAUGUAGUCAUGAAAGAAUUGGAUACUCAUAGAGAGCUGGUAGAUCAACAUCAGAUUAAUAAUUUAUCUCAAUUUGAAUCAAUAAAAUCUAUUUUUGAGACACAAAUCGAGGACCUGAAGCAAAAAGCAGCAAAAGAAAUUUCAAGACUUCAGAAUGAUUUUGAACAGAAAUCUUUACAAAACGAUGAGCUAAAAAAGCAACUUGAUGAAAUGAGUAAAAAACUACAUGACGUGCAAAAUCUAUUACUCAAUUUCGAGGAACAAACUGAUGCUCAAAAGCUUGGUAUUUCACGACUGGAAUUAGCAAAUAGUAAAUUAUUAGAACAAUUGAAGAGCCAGGAGAAAGAAUUAGAAAAAAAUAAACAAUUAUUUGAAGAUCAAGCAGCGCAACAUAAAACUAUCACAGAUAUGGCAAACGGUCGGAUAGAAGAGCUUUCUCAACAACUGGAGUUAAAAACAAGAGAAAAUGAUGCAGAGGUAAUCACUUUAUUAUUAGAGCAAGAACGAAUCAAAUGGAGGUCUUUGGAAAAUAUACUUACACAACAACUUCAGGAAGAAAAAGCGCGACGAGAAGAGGCCGAAGAAGAAGUCAAGAGAAUUAUAAAGUCGAACGACCAUCUCAAGAAGGAUUAUGAGGAAAUUAGUGACAAGUACGCUGAAAUAAUCGGUCAUCAAAAUCCUAAACAAAGAAUCAAACAUGUUACUCAUCUAAAAGAAAAGAAUUAUCAUUUGGAACAGGAAGUACGUGCCAAGAUAAAAAUAAUCGAACAACAACAAAAGACUAUAGAAAAGUUGAAAACUGAAGAAAAACGAUCUUAUUGGAAAGGCAAGGAAAAUGUAGGAAUGGUACAUUCGACCCCCCUUGCUUCACCGCAUAAAACACUGACGCCAUUAAGAAGUCGAAACGAUUAAUUUUAAACAGUUUUAAAUAGUUCAAUAGCUUAUCUUCUUGAAUUAUCAAUUUAGAUUACAAAUAUUCAAAAUGAGUUGUGCUCGAAAUAAUUUUCUGACAAAAGAACUGAAAAAAUGUUCAUUGCAAUGAAUAUUUGUAUUGUUAAAGAAAAGAAAAUAUGAUUUCUCGAAAAAAGAUAUAUAUAUAUAUAUAUAUAUUUUUU